CACAAUAAGUACCCCUAGUCCCAAUGUGGAUAAUGGAAACAGUAAAAUAAUACCGGGUGUGAUUUGUGGUAUCCUUGGUUUAAUGGUUUUGGCUGCUGCUGGAUACUUCUUGUACAAACGAAAAUAUCAAAGUAAAGGCAUUAAAUUGGAUAAUAGUGAAGAAGUCAGUUCAGCGUAUACUGAAAAUGAUAUUCCAAUUUUAUACAUACCGCCAUCAAUUACAUCCCAAGAUGCACAUAGUAGAAUGCGUACUUCAAUAGUUAGCGCGGGAACUACACCACUAAGUAGUCCAUUGCCUAAGAAUUCUACUUCUGAAACGUUAAUUAACUUUGUAGAAGAUGAUGACCCGAGCUCAGAAGUUGGUACAAUCUUGCAAGCGACUAAAACUAUACCAACAACAACUGUAAUAACGGCAACACGUGCCAAACCUGCAAUUGUUCAAUUGAAUCUAAUUAAAUCAAAUGGCAGCAGUUCAGACUCCUCAAAAAGCUCUUCACAAUCAACAUACAGUGGAACUAGUGGUCCUAACACUCCAAAAACAGCAAAAUCAUUCUUGAGCACGCCUUCAGUAGCAUCUGCACCGGGUAGUCCGACUAAACCUGGAACUGAUACUGGUUCGAAUAAUAUACUGCCUAGUAUUGAUAUAGAAAGACCAUCAACAGAAUCAACUCGCCCACAAACUCAAGAAAUAUCACAGCAGCAUCAUCUUACUUCUCCAUCACAAGAAUCCCAAGAACAAAUAGAAGGGCGACAGUCAUUUGGACUAUUCGGUAGUGAUGAGGUAUAUAGUAAAGAUCCUAAAUCACCUGAAUUACAGAGAGAAAGUGUGGUGAGCUCAACUAGUACUAAUGCUAGAAGCACUAUGUUAUCUGAUGAAGGAGAAAUUAUGAUCUUUUGGGGAGGAGAUGAGCCGCCUUUUUCGACUGUAAUACAAAACAAGAACUGUGAAAAUAGCAGUGAAAAUAAGGCAGAUGCUGAAAAGAACAGUGAGGUUGAAACAAAAAAAGAGGAGAUAUAA